AUGGCGUCCAGAUCCGACACAGAGCUCUUAACGGAGCAUUUCGGUUACCCCCCCGUCAGCCUCCUCGACGAAAUCAUCAACUCCAUCAACUUCCUCGCCGAACGCGCCCUCCACUCCAUCGAGCAAGGCCUGCUCAACGCGCCCCCCGCCUCCCUCGGCUUCCGGCCCCCCAAGCCCUCCUCCCGCAGACCACCACCACCACCCAACGGCAGCGGCGAUAUGCAGUUGCUAGACGGCGAGACGGAGGAGGACGCCGCGGCGCGCCGCCACCGUGAGGAGGUGGAGUCGGGGACGCAUCAGUUGGAGACGCUGUUGUGGGCGAGUAUUGAUAAGGAUUUUGAUCGGUUUGAGAUUUAUGUGAUGCGCAAUAUUUUGUGUUUGCGGAAGGUGGAGAUGGAGUGGUUGCGGUUGGGGCAUUAUGAGGGGUUGGUUUUUGAGGAGGGGCCGACGCCGUCGUCGUCCGGCGGGGGUGAGGGUGAAGGGGGAGGUGGUGGUGAUGGGGGGGAUGGGGAUGGGGAUGCGGCAAGGUUGAGUGUGGAGGGCGUGAAUCGGCUGCGGAGGCGGUUGCAGGCUAGCCAGAGGCUGAAUUGCAUGCUGGUUGCGGAGCGGGCGCGGAAUGCGGCGCUGUUGGGGGAGAUGAGGCGGUUGGUUGGCGUGCUGCCCGGGUCGGGGGUCAAGUUGGAGCCCGAGCCCGAGCCUGUUCCCGCUGAGCACAAACCGCCUUUUGGGUUCCUACACGACAAGGGGGACCUCACCGAGGGCGAUGCUGAGACGCCGCUUACGACGACGGCUGCGUUUUCGCUCUCGCAGUUGCAAUCGCUGCGGGAGCUGUCGACGGCGUUGAGGGGGGUGAUGGCGGGCUUGGCUGCGGGCGAUGAGGACGAGGAGGAUGGGGAUGCGGGUGGGAAGGGCAAGAAGAGCUGGCGGAGGGAGAGGUUAGAGUAUGUUGAGACAGCAACCAAGAAGCACCUAGAGAAUGUGCGCGGACUGGAGCUCGGGAAAAACGGAGAGGUGAUGGACGGGGAGUGGGAUGGCGGUGGACCGAAUCUAGAAAGGGGUGAGGUGGAGAGCCUGGAGCGGGUGGCUGGUAUGCUCGGUGGCAAUGGGGGACAACAAGACAAGAUGGACGAGACUUGA